UGACAAUAUUUUUAUCCAAAUGCCAACAUUCACGGGUUAACGGCUAACCAUAAACAACUUGUUUUUCUGCCAAAAUUUUCUCCUCUUUUUGUCAAGAUAUAUACCUAUAAAUACCAAAGCCAUCUCACUUCUCCAAAUUACAAACACAAUCACCAUCUCUAUUUCCUUCAAAUUUGUCUAUAAAAGCAAAUCAAAAGGAAAUGGAGAUCUCAAAGCUUUCAACCUUCGUUGUGUUCAUGGUUUUAGCCAUGGCUCAUUCUUCAUUGGCCCAAAAUUUGCCUCAGGAUAUCAUUUUAGCCCACAACAACGCCCGUGCACAAGUUGGUGUCCCUCUCCCACCACUAACAUGGAAUGACACACUUGUUACCUUUGCCAAUCAAUAUGUAUCCUCUUUAAUAGGUGAAUGUGCAUUGGUGGAUUCAAAUUCAACCUAUGGUGAAAAUCUUGCCAUGGGCACCGACAACUUUUCGGGCGUUGAGGCCGUAAAAUUGUGGGUAGAAGAGAAAGCAAACUACGACUAUGCAUCUAAUUCUUGCAAAGAGAAUACAUGUGGACAUUAUACUCAGGUUGUCUGGAAAAACACCCUUCAAGUUGGAUGUGCAAGAUUGAAAUGCGCAAAUGGCUUUUGGUGGAUUGUGUCAUGCAACUAUUAUCCCCGUGGAAAUUUCGCUGGCCAGAAACCUUAUUAAUUAAUUGAUUAAUUGAGUGCAUGUUUUUAAUACUUUUGUAUUUUAAUUACUUCCAUCCCAUCUAGGUCAAGUAUAUGUGUAAGGUUCCAAAUUUCGUCAUGUAACAGGCUGGGAAGUUGUCCAAGCUAGCCCUUGACAAAAUAGAAUUCAAUUAAUGACUAAUUUUGGAGGAAGUAUAUUUGAGUAUAUUCUUAAUGAUCAUGAGCUUACAUUUUACUUCAA